UCAUGCUGCUGCCAGGUCCAGAGUCUCUCAUGGGUCCCUGUACGGCCUCCCAUUGCUGCUGUCUCCAUCGCCACACUCUGCCAUGUGCCACUUUCAGGUCUCCUCACACUCCUGCUGGUUUCCAUUUUGUCAUAGGUUGCUGGCAGAUUACAGGCCUCCCAUAGGUGCUGCCAGGCCCCAAAUCUCCCAUGGGCCCCCGUAUACGCCUCGUCAUGCUGCUGCUGCGUCCACAGUGUGACAUGGGUCCCUGUACCGCCUCCCAUUGCUCCCACUCUGCCAUGUGCCACUUUGAGGUCUCCUCACACUCCUGCUGGUUUC